GGGAGCCUUGUGCAGGUGCUGGCAGAGGGACCGAGGCUCGGAGCGGCGUACGCCCCCUGCCGGCCUCCCGCACUCACCGCAGCCCCCUCCCAGCGCCGCUCUGACGUCAGUUCCGUGUUUACAGCGCCCGCCCGGGUAGGAAGCAGCCAAGCAGCGGAGAGAGCACAGGAGCCGGGAGAGGGGACACGGAAGCCAGAGCCCGGGACGGGGCACACGCUGGUGGACAGCUCUCACCCAUCGCAGGGUUCGCGCACGGAGGCGGCGGCGGCGAGCUGACCCGCGCUCCUGUGUACACACACGCGCAGCGACUUCGGUGCGUGCGGUUGUUGCGAUAGGAGCCAGGGAGUGAGGAGGGAGUCCGGGAGCAGCACACCGUCGGCACCCCGCUCACACUCGCCCCGGGGAUGUUUUCCAGGAGAAGUCAUGGAGACCUCAAGAAAUCUACACAGAAAGUUCUGGACCCAAAGAAGGACGUGCCCACCCGGCUGAGACACCUGCGGGCUGUGCUGGAUAUUCAGGAGUGGAGUGAACUGAAGCAGUUUUUUGAAGCGCACUAUUCUCAGAUUUAUUUUAUCUUCUAUGAAAAUUUCAUUACACUGGAAAGUAGCUUAAAGCUAAAAGGGAAUAAAUCUCAAAGGGAGGAGCUGGACUCCAUCCUAUUUCUUUUUGAAAAAAUUCUACAACUGUUACCUGAAAGGAUUUUCUACCGCUGGCAGUACCAUAGUAUAGGUUCAGUUUUAAAGAAGCUUUUACACACUGGAAAUUCUACAAAGAUACGAUGUGAAGGAAUGCGGCUGUUUCUUCUCUGGCUUCAAGCACUGCAGACAAAUUACGGAGAGGAGCAGGCGCUAAUAUUUGCAUGUCUUGUUCCCGGCUUUCCUGCCGUCAUAUCAUCAUCUCGAGGUCCUUGCACACUGGAUACCCUCAUAAACCCUACUUACAAUUUACCUGAUGGGAAAGUUUAUCCUGAAGAGAUAACGCCACUUUUGCCGGCUGUGUCUGGUGAAAAAAGUCCUGAUGAUCCAAGCUGCUUUUUCUUACAAAUGUUGUUGAAAUACAUGGUCAUCCAGGCUGCACAUUUAUCUUGGAGGAAUAAGGAGAACCAAGACACAGGAUUCAAGUUUUUAUUUAACUUAUUUAGAAAGUAUUAUCUUCACCACUUGUUUCCUUCAUUUACUAAACUGACCAACCUUUACAAGCCUGUACUAGAUAUUCCGGAUGUCAGACCAAAGCCAGUGUAUGUCACCAUAACCCGUAACAAUGAAAACCUUUAUAGCACAAAAAUCCCACACAUGGCAGCUAGAGUUGUGUUUAUAAAGUGGCUGGUCACGUUCUUUCUGGAAAAGAAGUAUGUAGCAUCUUCUCAAAGUACUAAAAAUGGAGGAGAGGUUUUACCAAAACUAAUCCAGACCGUAUCUGUGAUUAACGUGAGCCAAGAAAAGAACACAGAGGUGGAGCCCUCUAGUGGCCAGGAACAAGAGAAGAACCACUCCAAUAGCAGUACACUGUCAGACAGGAGACUCAGCAACUCCAGCCUGUGUAGCAUAGAAGAGGAUCACAAGACUGUGUACGACAUGGUACAAAGGAUUCUUGUGUCCACGCGGGGAUAUGUGAACUUUAUCAAUGAAGUCUUCAGGCAGGCCUUCCUUUUACCUGCCUCUGAUGUGUCUGCCACUAGGAAGGUUGUGAAAGUUUACAGGAAAUGGAUCUUACAAGAGAAACCUAUUUUUAUGGAGCAGCCCUCAAAGCCACCUUUUGACCACGCGAAUGUGCCAGUUUUUGAGUCCACUGAAACAGAGACUGAUAGCAAACAGGUUGCCACAGAACAGAGUGGACACAAGCGCUCGUCUAGCUGGGGCAGGACAUACUCUUUCACCAGUGCUGUGAGCCGAGGAUGUGUGUGUGAGGACGAGAACAUGGAUGUGAAGGCUGGGGAUCAGGCUGCACUGCAGGUUUUCUUGACCAACUCUGCCAACGUGUUCCUGUUAGAGCCUUGCCCGGAUGUUCCUUUACUCCUGGAGGAGCAAGUGGAGGCCUGUAAAUCGGUCUUAAGUAUUUACCGGCAAAUGAUCAUGGAUCUUGUGAUGGAUAAAAAGACAUGGGAGCAGAUGCUGCAGAUACUACUGCGGAUAACAGAAGUAGUUGUGCAGAAACCAAAAGACCCCUCCAAAAAGGACUUGUUCUCUCAGGACCUGGCUGGCGUAUUGUUCCGGACGCUCAUUGUAGCAUGGAUCAGAGCCAACCUAAGCGUUUUCAUAUCCCGGGAACUGUGGGAUGACCUGCUGAGCGUACUUUCCUCACUCACCGAUUGGGAAGAGCUUAUAAAUGAGUGGUCCAAGAUCAUGGACUCUCUCACUGUUGUGCUAGCAAGAAAUGUUUAUGGAUUGGACAUGUGCAGCUUACCCCUAGACAAGCUCAGUGAGCAGAAGGAGAAGAAACAGAGGGGAAAAGGUGGCUUUCCAGAUCCUCACAAAGGGGCUGCAGUGGGCCGGUCAUUCUCUCUGAGCUGGAGAAAUCACCCAGAUGCACAUGAACCAAUGAGAUUCCGAAGUGCAACUACCUCUGGGGCCCCAGGCGUGGAGAAGGCUCGGAACGUUGUGCGACAAAAAGCUACAGCCAAGCGAAGUCAGUCUAUCAGCAACUGUGUUCACCUGUAUGAGGCUUUACCAGCAGCUAAAAGUGUUCCACAUCUCCUUCACACUGUGAGCUCUCUCUUACCUGGUAUCUCUUACGCUUCUUGCUCUCAAAAGCUUUCAGAAGUGGAUGAGAUGCAGCAGCCACAGGAAGGAGUUGCGGUCCCUGAGUCUGAUGCAGUGGGUAAUUAUGAGCUCCAGGAGCUAACCCGCUCUAGCAGUACUAAUGAUAUAGCAGAGCAGCACUAUCCUGAGGCAUUACAUGAUCAAAAAAUGGAAAACACUAAUGAUUGUUCAACAGACUCGAAUCCUGCUCAGGAAGCUACAGACAUCACAGUGAAAGACACGGACGGACCAAUGAUAAUGGUUCGGCGGAGCAGCAGCCCUGCAGAAUUAGAGUGGCAUGGAGAUUCUCAGCACUCCAUUGGGAAAAGUGCUGAUCGUGAGAGAGUUGAGAGCGUCAGCAGCGAUGUGACCAAUGGAUACAGUCGGGAUGCUGAUAUCUAUCUGAUGCCAUGGCAAACCUGUGAGGAAGAUUCUGAUAUCAGCACACCCACCGAUGUGGCCAUUGAUCAUGAUGCUAGACAGUGGCUGCAGCUCAGUCCUGCAGAUGCCGCUCCCCUCACAGACAGCAGCGAGUGCCUUGCUGGGGACUGUAGUAUUAUAGCUGGAGGCAAUCUGUCUGGAUGGCACCCGGACUCGGCAGCUGUUUUGUGGAGGAGAAUCUUGGGAAUACUGGGAGACGUGAACAAUAUCCAGUCAACCAAAAUCCAUGCUAAGGUUUUUGGCUACCUCUACGAGCUGUGGUACAAGCUGGCAAAGAUUAGAGACAAUCUUUCAAUCAGUCUGGACAAUCAAUCUUCCCCUCCACCACCUAUUUUGAUUCCACCGCUUAGAAUGUUUGCAUCAUGGUUGUUCAAGGCCACUACCCUGCCGAAUGAAUACAAGGAGGGCAAGCUGCAGGCGUACAAGCUCAUAUGUGGGAUGAUGACAAGACGUCAAGAUGUCUUACCAAACUCUGAUGUCUUGGUUCAGUUUUAUCUGGUCCUGCACAAUGGCCUCAUUCACGAAGAUCAAGAUAUUGUGAACACAAUCGUUAAGCACUGUUCCUCCAGUUUCUUCUUUCUCGGUUUGCCUGGGUACACAAUGCUGAUGGGAGACUUUAUCACAGCUGCGGCCAGGGUUCUCAGUACAGACAUGUUGGAGGCUCCACGAUUGGAAGCACAGAUAAUUCUUGGGUCGCUCGUUUGCUUCCCAAACAUGUAUAAAGAUGUGCCCUUGUUAGAGUCGUCUGGUGGGGUAAAUGACAUCAUCAUAGACGACAAAGACAUUAAGAUCUAUUUAAUUAAUGUAUUGCUGAAGAAUGCCAGAGAGGAGCCUAACGAGGUGGCCAGAUGCAUUGCGAUCUGCUGCCUUGGAGUGUGGAUCUGUGAAGAGCUGAUGGAGCAUACCAAUCACCCUCAGGUUACUGAUGCCAUUAACGUCAUUGGGGUAACACUAAAGUUUUCUAACAAAAACGUUGCUCAGGUGGCCUGUGAUGUUCUUCAGCUUUUAGUCUCAUACUGGCGAGAACUUCAGAAUCCUGAGCUGCCUUUGUCCAGAAAGAUCACGGAGAUUCUGGUUGCAACUAUUUCAUUCCUCCUCCCAAGUGCAGAAAAUUCUUCAGUGGAGACCGAUAAAAAGUUUAUAGUGUCUCUGUUGCUGUGCCUGCUGGACUGGUGCAUGGCUCUUCCUCUGCAAACAUUGCUAGAACAUAUAUCCACAUUUCCCCUUGAUGAGACACAUACACCAAAACCUACCCUGCUUGACUACAUUUACAGGGUUCUGCACUGCUGUGUGUGUGGCUCCAACACAUACACCCAACAAAGCCAGUAUAUCUUAAGCCUGGCUGACCUUUCCUCCAUGGAUUAUGAUCCAUUUCUGCCGCUGGGGAACGUGAGAAAUUCAGAGCCUCCGCCUCCCUUUUCCACUUCUGACUUCAGCAAUCUCCUAACAGUGGCAGAAGGGAAAAAAAGGAGGAACCUGGAGCUAAUUCCUCUAACUGCACGUAUGGUUAUGACACAGCUUGUCAACCAUCUAGGACACUAUCCCCUGAGUGGUGGCCCAGCUAUAUUGCACAGCUUGAUCAGUGAGAACCAUGAUAACCCGUAUGUUGAGACAUCAGAACUUUCAAAUGAUGUGUUCAGAAGUCCUAAUUUGCAGCUUUUUGUAUUUAACGAUAGUGCUCUUAUUUCUUAUCUGCAAAUCCCUUCUGAAAAUUCCCUUGGGAGGGACCCAACAGUGGUGCCCGGUGAUGUACGGAUAAUAGUCCGAGAUAUCUCGGGAAAGUACUCUUGGGAUGGUGGCAUCAUGUAUGGGCCACUAGAAUGCCCCUCAGUUGCCACUAAGGAAAGAAAACUGCAAAGCGGGCAACAGGAUUACAAUGUUCCAAAUGUGGAACAACCGGAUUUAAUAGAAGUAGAAGGAGUGGACGCCCUAGACACAUUGUUGGAUAAACUUGGCAGCAUAAAUCCAGAGUGCCUACAACAUCCAGAGCUUAAGCUGAAUGAACCUGCAUUACCUCCCGUUGGAAUGAGCAAAGAGCAAGAGGAGCAGAUUAUAGAGGCAAUCACAAGACAAAGGACCAAUGAGGCCUAUCACAUAGAGAGCUGUAACUGUGACCCCAGCAUUAAGGUCUCAUGUCAGGAAGAACCCAGCACUGCUGAGCCUCAAGCACCCUUCUAUUUCUGUAGACUACUGUUGAAUGAUUUGGGGAUGAACUCCUGGGAGAGGAGGAAAAAUUUCCAUCUACUGAAGAAGAAUUCCAAGUUAUUGCGAGAACUUAAAAAUCUGGAUUCCAGACAGUGUCGUGAAACCCACAAGAUUGCUGUGUUUUACAUUGCUGAGGGACAGGAAGAUAAGUGUUCCAUACUUUCCAACAGCGGAGGAAGCAAAGCCUAUGAAGAUUUUGUUGCAGGACUUGGGUGGGAGGUUGACCUUUCCACUCAUUGUGGGUUUAUGGGUGGUCUACAAAGAAAUGGAAGCACGGGACAAACUGCACCUUACUAUGCUACCUCUACUGUUGAAGUAAUUUUUCAUGUUUCUACACGGAUGUUAUCAGAGUCUGAUGAUUCACUGACCAAAAAGCUCCGCCACCUGGGAAAUGACGAAGUCCACAUUGUAUGGUCCGAACAUACCAGGAACUACAGAAGGGGCAUUAUACCUACAGACUUUGGUGAUGUCUUAAUUAUUAUUUACCCAAUGAAGAAUCGGAUGUUUUUUAUAGAAAUAAUGAAAAAAACAGAGGUGCCAUUUUUCGGUCCCCUUUUUGAUGGCGCUAUUGUAACAGAGAAGCUUUUGCCAACUCUUGUGUGUGCAACCUGCAUCAAUGCCAGCAGAGCAGUCAAGUCUCUCAUCCCUCUCUACCAGAGCUUUUAUGAGGAAAGAGCUCUGUACCUUGAAGCAAUAAUCCAGAACCAUAGAGAAGUGGUGACAUUUGAAGAUUUUGCAGCACAAGUGUUCUCUCCAACUCCCAGUUACUCCCUGGUUGGCUUAGGAAUUCCUGCAAGUACCAGUUCUGAUCUGACCAUAAAUACAGGAGCAGAGGCAUCGGAACCCACCUCACCGACACUAAGCCGUACCACCAGAAGUAAAGUCUCGGGAAAGCUUCGCCGCUCUGCCAGUGCAGUCAGUAAAUCUUCCAAUUGAAGCACUUUUUUAUACUGAACUCUAGCGAAGAGCUUUUUUUUAAAUCAUUAUAUAUAUCACACGUGAAGAGAACUUUUUAAUAAGGACAAGCUGUGCAAUGAUGUAGUGUGUCUCUAGCGGGGCGGGACCCCCCUGGGUAGGUUAUUAGUGAACCAUCCACUAGGCACUAAAAUAUGAUGCAACUUUGGUUGUAACACUGAUGAUUGCAAGAGGAUUGUCUGACGAGGCUGCAUGAUGCAACAGCACCAAAGGACAAGGGACCACAUAACCAGCAUGCAGGAAUCACAUCAACAGUUCUUGCAAGAAGUCUAAUAUGACAUGGAUUUCAUUGUAUCACAUUGUUAUGGCUGUCUCUGUAACCCUUUCACUGCUGAAAGGAUUUGUCAACGGUAUACGCUUGGCUUCGGUGCCUUCGGGAGCCACGCAUAUACAAACGAAUGCAAAAUACAUAUAUUAUCAUUAUAAUUUGUAUAGCAUUGAGAAAUAUGCAUUAUUUGUCUUGGUAUAAGUGCAGAGAGCUAGGCCUUGAGUCAUUUAGGGUUCCUGGGGAGUCUGAACAGUACAGUCUGAAUGUCUCAUACUCCGCACAGUUUCCUGUACUAUAUUACAGCAUCUCAUUUACAAAACAGACCAAAUUGAGUAGAUCUCAAGAUUCUGUCAUUCUACACAAACAAAAGAUCCUGCCACUGCUAGUUAUUCUGCAUAGUUCAGGCAUAUAUAUUUAUACAAACAUGUUUUAAAUGUUUUAUUAGAGACUCGUAUUUAACAAGUGAAGAAGAAAUCUUUUUGUUAGAGAUGUAUGUUUUAAAGUUUGUGAUUUAUUUGUUGUUGCCUCAAAUGUUUUUUUGGACAUCUCUAAACAGAUGCCGUCAUUUUCCUGUGACCUUCCUCAUAUUUAAUUUUGAUCGUAAAAGUUUGUUAAGAUUUUUCCAAUGUGAUCUCUUUUCUGUUCCAUUAGUGCAUAUGAAGUAGAAAUGUCUUUCAAUGCAGCUAAAUGCACAUUUGGGCACUUGUUUUUUUUUUGUUUUUGUUUCUGCAAUGGGAUUUUGGUACACUAAUUUAACUGAUUAUUUUUCUGUGUUCUAUUGAAGUUUGUACCAAUUAGUUUGAUGUAAAUAGGGCCUGUUGAUUACACUGAAAAGAAGUCAUUUGUUCUGUGGAUUUGAAGUGAAGACUUUAUCUGAGACUUCCAGUCAGAAAGUGCAGAGCACUAGGAAGUUAAUCUCCUCAGGCUAAAGCAACAGAUGUCUUCACAGUGAGAUAGAUAACCUGCUACUGUACAACCCCAAUGCCUCAGCUUGUCUGUCCUGACUGAGCCACUGUCUCUUGCUCAUCUCUGUUCAUCUUUGAAUUAGUAGUAAUUGUGUCAUUUGCAUAUUGGAGAGACUAUUGUAUUUGUUUUAAUCAUUGUUUUGUAGCUGAGGAUUGCUUGCGCUUAGCACUUAAUACAGGACAGAUAUUCACUGGUAGAAACUUUCACAUUACAGAGCAUGAGGUAAUGAAACCCACAGGAACCAUCUAGAUAAUUAACUUUAAAGCACGACACAAGUAUGAAAAAGCAAGAAGUCACCCUGUGAUCAGAUUUGACUUUGUGUAUAUGGAAUUUUUGUGAUGUUUCUAGUGCAGUAGUUUUGCAAUUAUUAGAGGUUACCUGGCGCCAUAUGUACGAUGGAGGGGAACCGGUUUAUGGGCAGAUCCGGAUGCAGCCUCUUCUUCAUCACAGGGUUCCCCUGAAUGACGAGGCUGCUUCUCAUAACUAUGGUAUUGUCCGAUAGCUGCCUCCACUCCACAGGCGACAGAUAUAUGUAAAGUGCAGUGUAUCUGGGUUUAGCCUGUGAAUCUUCUGUCUGUCGGUAUUUUGCUUCCACCACUAGAAUGUAAAUGUUCGCUAGGAUGAUGUGAAGACCUGUCCGGUCAGUAAAAUGUUUAUAUUAAAUCAUUGUACCUCACAGUUGUAGAGACAGAUUUUGCUUGCAAAGAGCAGUGAAAGGGUUACAAGGUGAAUGAAGAUAUAAAUUUUUCAUUGCAGUCAGAUUUAUACAGUAAAGAUUAUUUCUACUCAGGGUGAUGUGAACGAGAGGAUUUAAGCACUUAGACUGUUAUCGCUUCUGGAAUUACAAAGGUGGUGCCCGUAAAUGAGUCCGUGUAAAAUAAUGGAUCAUAUUCAUGUUGCCUAUCAUCAUUAAGACUGUUUUAGAAGCUGACAGUCUUCUCUAAGCUCAUACCACCCAGAUCUUACCUGUAUGUAAAGGGAAAUGUUUUAAAGAAAAAUAAAUAUAUAAUGUACCGAAAAUUAUUUUGUUCCUUCAAUCAAUGUUUGAUUAUUUAAAUGACUGGCUGGAAAAGGGUCUUUUGUACUUGUGGACCAUAUGUGAAAAUGAUCAUUCUAGGUUUGCAGUCUUGCUCCAUAUGGUCAGCCACCUCCUCACAGCCUUUGUCUUACUAGUUGGGAAGGUUCUUUAAGUGUGAAUAGUCAGUUUUGGAUGUUCUAUAUUAUGGAUUCUAUUAGAUGUUGUAUAUAACAGUAUAUCUGUAUAUUACAAAUUGUGUUCAUUAUAAUGAGGGUGUGCUAUAAGAAAUGCGGGUCCUCCAAAUUUUUCCUUUGGGUGCAUUAAUUGUAAUAUUUGUAAAACAAAAAAUGGAUGCUUGAAAUGCCCAUCUUUACUGCUGACAUAUCAAAUGUUUGUUUUUUUAAAGAUUUCCUGAAAUUAUUUGUGUUUUUUUCCAAAUUUCAAUUGAAUUUGAUUAAAAGUAUUUAAAAAGCA